AUGACCACGAGGAAGAUAGGUGGUGUUGCAUGUUCUUCUCACCUCCUCUGUGGAAGAGUUUGCAGGGUGCAUGUUUCAGAUUGCUUUAUUAUUUCAGCAAGGAAACAUCUGUACGGACUGUUUCAUUACAACUCCACAAUGCUUCGAUUUGAAUCGCUUCCAGAUCCCACAGAUACCUGGGAAAUUAUAGAGACCAUAGGCAAAGGCACCUAUGGCAAGGUCUAUAAGGUAACUAACAAGAGAGAUGGGAGCCUGGCUGCAGUAAAAAUUCUAGAUCCAAUCAGUGAUAUGGAUGAAGAGAUUGAGGCAGAAUACAACAUUUUGCAGUUUCUUCCAAAUCAUCCCAACGUUGUAAAAUUCUAUGGGAUGUUUUACAAAGCAGAUCACUGUGUGGGAGGACAGCUGUGGCUGGUCCUGGAGUUGUGUAAUGGGGGCUCAGUCACUGAACUUGUCAAGGGUCUACUCAGGUGCGGCCAGCGGUUGGACGAAGCUAUGAUUUCAUACAUCUUAUAUGGGGCCCUCUUGGGCCUUCAGCAUUUGCACAAUAACCGAAUCAUCCACCGUGAUGUCAAGGGGAAUAACAUUCUUCUGACAACAGAAGGAGGAGUUAAGCUCGUUGAUUUUGGUGUCUCAGCUCAGCUCACCAGUACACGUCUACGGAGAAACACCUCUGUUGGAACCCCUUUCUGGAUGGCCCCUGAGGUCAUUGCUUGUGAGCAGCAGUAUGAUUCUUCCUAUGACGCUCGCUGUGACGUCUGGUCCUUGGGGAUCACAGCUAUUGAACUGGGAGAUGGAGACCCUCCCCUCUUUGACAUGCAUCCUGUGAAAACGCUCUUUAAGAUUCCAAGAAAUCCACCACCUACUUUACUUCAUCCAGAGAGGUGGUGUGAGGAAUUCAACCACUUCAUUUCACAGUGUCUCAUUAAGGAUUUUGAAAAGCGACCUUCUGUCACACAUCUCCUUGACCAUCCAUUUAUUCAGAGAGUCCACGGGAAGGUUUUGUUUCUGCAAAAACAGCUGGCUAAGGUUCUCCAGGACCAGAAGCAUCUAAAUCCUGUUGUUAAGACCAGGCAUGAAAGGAUGCAUACCAGAAGACCCUAUCAUGUGGAAGAUGCUGAAAAAUACUGCCUUGAGGAUGAUUUGGUCAAUCUCGAGGUUCUGGAUGAGGAUACAAUUAUUCAUCAGUUGCAGAAGCGUUAUGUGGACUUACUGAUUUAUACAUAUGUUGGAGACAUCUUAAUUGCCUUAAACCCCUUCCAGAAUCUAAGCAUAUACUCUCCACAGUUUUCCAGACUUUAUCAUGGAGUGAAACGUGCCUCAAAUCCCCCCCACAUAUUUGCAUCAGCAGAUGCUGCUUACCAAUGCAUGGUUACUUUCAACAAAGAUCAGUGCGUUGUCAUCAGUGGAGAAAGCGGCUCUGGGAAGACAGAAAGCGCCCACCUGAUUGUUCAGCAUUUGACUUUCUUGGGAAAGGCAGAUAAUCAGACCUUGAGAGAGAAAAUCCUGCAGGUCAACUCCCUGGUGGAAGCCUUUGGAAAUGCAUGCACUGCCAUCAAUGACAAUUCCAGCCGUUUUGGAAAAUACCUGGAAAUGAUGUUUACCCCAACAGGAGCUGUGAUGGGGGCCAGAAUCUCUGAAUAUCUCCUUGAAAAAUCCAGAGUUAUAAAACAGGCAGCGGGAGAGAAAAAUUUCCAUAUAUUUUACUAUAUUUAUGCUGGUCUGUAUCACCAGAAGAAACUUACUGAGUUCAGACUUCCUGAAGAAAAGCCUCCUAGGUACAUAGCUGAUGAAACUGGAAGGGUGAUGCACGACAUAACUUCCAAGGAGUCUUACAGAAGACAGUUUGAAGCAAUUCAGCAUUGCUUCAGGAUUAUAGGCUUCACUGACAAGGAGGUGCACUCAGUGUACAGAAUUUUGGCUGGGAUUUUGAAUAUUGGAAAUAUUGAGUUUGCAGCUAUUUCCUCUCAACAUCAAACCGAUAAAAGUGAGGUGCCCAAUGCAGAAGCCUUGAAAAAUGCUGCCUCCGUUCUCUGCAUCAGUCCCGAAGAGCUCCAGGAGGCCCUCACCUCACACUGUGUGGUCACCCGGGGGGAGACCAUCAUCCGAGCCAACACCGUUGACAGGGCCGCGGACGUCCGAGAUGCCAUGUCCAAGGCUCUGUAUGGGAGGCUCUUCAGCUGGAUCGUCAAUCGCAUCAAUACACUCCUGCAGCCAGACAAAAACAUAUGCAGUGCAGACAAUGGCAUGAAUGUGGGGAUCCUGGAUAUUUUUGGAUUUGAGAACUUUCAGAGAAAUUCAUUUGAGCAGCUCUGCAUAAACAUCGCCAAUGAGCAAAUCCAAUACUAUUUCAUUCAGCAUGUUUUUGCUCUCGAGCAGAUGGAGUAUCAGAAUGAGGGCAUCGAUGCUACACCCGUGGAGUACCAGGACAACCGCCCACUCCUGGAUAUGUUCCUCCAGAAACCCCUGGGUCUGCUCGCACUUCUGGAUGAGGAAAGUCGGUUUCCUCAAGCAACAGACCAGACCCUGGUUGAUAAAUUUGAAGAUAAUCUCCGAUGCAAAUACUUCUGGAGGCCCAGAGGAGUGGAGCUGAGCUUUGGCAUUCAGCACUAUGCUGGAAAGGUAUUGUACGAUGCUUCUGGGGUUCUUGAGAAAAACAGAGAUACUCUCCCUGCUGAUGUGGUUGUCAUACUAAGAACAUCAGAAAACCAGCUCCUCCAGCAACUCUUCUCAAUCCCUUUGACCAAAACAGGUAAUUUGGCCCAGACAAGAGCCAGGAUAACAGCAGCCUCAAGGUCUUUGCCUCCACAUUUCAGUGCUGGGAGACCCAAGGUGGACACACUGGAAGUGAUACGGCAUCCAGAAGAAACCACCAGCAUGAAGGGGCAGACCGUGGCUUCUUACUUCCGGUAUUCUCUGAUGGACCUGCUCUCCAAAAUGGUGGUGGGACAGCCCCACUUUGUACGCUGCAUCAAGCCCAAUGAUGACCGAGAGGCCCUGAAGUUCUCCCGAGACAGAGUGCUGGCCCAGCUCCGUGCCACGGGGAUCCUGGAGACAGUCAGCAUCCGUCAGCAGGGGUAUUCCCACCGCAUCCUCUUCGAGGAGUUUGUAAAAAGGUAUUAUUACUUGGCAUUCAGGGCACAUCAAACACCUCUUGCUAGCAAAGAGAGCUGCAUUGCUAUCUUGGAAAAGUCCAGAUUAGAUCACUGGCUGCUGGGAAAAACAAAGGUUUUUCUCAAAUAUUACCAUGUUGAGCAGUUAAAUUUGCUGCUGCGGGAAGUCAUAGGCAGAGUGGUUGUGCUGCAGGCCUAUGCUAAGGGAUGGCUUGGAGCCAGAAGAUACAAAAGAGUCAGAGAGAAGAGAGAGAAGGGGGCUGUUGCCAUCCAGUCAGCCUGGAGAGGAUAUGAUGCUCGGAGGAAAUUUAAGAAAAUAAGCAACAGAAGGAAUGAGUCUGCUGUUCAUAAUCCCAUGGGGCGCCCUUCUGACCAGAGCGGUGAUCCGUACCCCACUGUCGCAGCAGACACCAGGGGAACUGCCCAGGUUCCAGACUGCAGUGAGCCUGGCGACCACAAAGUUGAGGUCAUUAGAGUCCUGAGGAGCUCUGUCGGUCAUAAAAGUGGUCCACGAGCCGACGGCAGCAGUGGCCAUGCAGAGACUUCAAGCAACUCCCCUGCUAUCGCUGAGAAAGAUCAGCAUCCACACGCCCAGAGUUCUUCCAAAGGGUGCGACGUCUUCACAGGACAUUCAAAUCAGCAUUCAGUUUGGGGGACUGAUUUGCUGUCUUCUGGGACAUGCCAUUCUGCUCCAGACCGCCCAGGACUGAGUUUAUGGGGAGUUCCCAAAAAACCAAAUUCAGAAAAUGGUCUCGUACAGAAGCAGCGAAUACCUCGCCGAAGAUGUCAGCAGCCCAAAAUGUUGAGUAGCCCUGAGGACACCAUGUACUAUAACCAGUUAAAUGGAACUCUAGAAUAUCAAGGGAGCAAGAGGAAGCCAAGAAAACUUGGCCAAAUCAAAGUGCUUGAUGGGGAAGAUGAAUAUUACAAAUCUCUGUCACCUGUGGACUCUAUCCCUGAGGAAGACAGCUCAGCCCACCCUUUCUUUUUUUCUUUAUCCUCCAAAGGAGCAUCUUUUGCUCAGCCCUGA